AUGAUACUUAUUGUUUUAUUUAUUAAAUACAAAGAUAUUGAUAGCGAAUGUUAUUCAGAAGACGGAAAAACUCUUACAAAAGUUACAGAUCCAUAUCCAAACCUCAGAAUAUCUGCGCAAUGCGAAAUCAUUGAAGAAAAAUGCUUUUACGAGCUUAAAUCAUUGGAAUAUUUUACAUUUGAAGAAAAUCCUAACUUAACAGUAGUAGGGAAAGAAAGUUUUUCUCGAUGCAAUAAUAUUAAAAUUAUUGAUUUAUCUUUCUGCAACAAACUUACAAAAAUUUCAGAAAGUGCAUUUUCUGGUUGCUCUAAUGUAGCAGAAUUAAUUUUACCUAAAGGACUUCUUGAAAUACUGCUAUCUGCUUUUCAUAAUAUUGAGCACAUAACAAACGUAACAAUUCCAGCAUCUGUAGAGAUAAUAGGUCGAGCUGCAUUUAGUUUUUGUCAUUCUCUAAAAAAUGUUAUUUUUGAAGAAGGAUCAAAUUUAACUUCUUUAGAAUAUGAAGUUUUUACUAAUACUCAAAUCACUUCUUUUCGAAUUCCAGAAAAAGUAACAAAAGUCAAUGGCUGGGCAUUCGAUAAUUCCGAAUUAACAAAUCUAACGGUUGAUGAUAAGAAUGAGCAUAUAAAAAUUGAAAACAAUAUUGUUUUUUCAAAGGACAAAAAAGUUUUGUUUUUUAUUUGGAAUAAAUCCGAAACAUUUGAAAUUCCAGAUUGCGUUACAACUUUAGGGGAUCUACUAUUUUUCAAUUCCAAAUUAAAGUCAAUAACAAUUCCCGAAUCUGUCAUUACUAUAGAAGAUUACUGUUUUGGAAGUACAAAACUUACAUCAAUUAUAAUUCCAGAAAAUGUAAAAAAGAUCCGGGAUUGUGCUUUUAGUCACUGCUAUGAACUGAUAAAUAUUACAUUUAAAGGUUCAUUUGAAAUUGGUAAUUCUAUUUUUUCUUGGUGUACUAAUCUUGAACAUGUUAUUUUUCCUAAUACAUCCAUGAUUAUUGACUCACGUUCUUUAUGCAAUCAUGAUACUCCCAAAUUAACAAUUUCAUUCACAAACAAAACUUUAUUUUCUUUUGGCUCGAUUUCAAGUAUCAAAAAUAUUUCAGUUUCAUAUCUUACUGAACCAUAUUUGAUAAUUGAUACGUAUUCUAUAGUAAUGAAUUAUGAUAGAACAGAAAUAUAUGAAUGUUGGGGAUAUAACUACGGAAAUAGCGUUACUAUGAUCCCUGAAACAGUAGAAACUAUUCGAGUAAGUGCAUUCGAAAAUUCAACAAUUUCAUUUUUAAUGUUUAGUUCAAAUUCAAAAUUGUCUGUGAUCCAGAGUUAUGCUUUUAGAAAUUGUUCCAAAUUAUCAGGAUUUAAUAUUUAUUUAACAAAAUUAGAAAAAAUAGGAAACUCAGCAUUUAAGGGUGCACCCGUAUGUACGUUUAUUUGA